GAAAUACCGUAGAGAUGGCCAGGACAUCGUUAGAAAUACAUGUAUACCAACCUAUCACAUGUGAACAAGACGACCUUUCUACUGGAGAGUCGAAAGACGAUGUGAUUGCGGCUACGAAGAAUGCUGAUUUAUAUCACUCUAGUUUAAUAUACGAUACCGAUGUCAAGCCUCAUCUACUCAACUACUUAUACGCGACCUUCCUGCUAUCUGAGGCCAAUGUCGACUUUAAUCUCGUGGCUUGGAAUCGGUCCGUUUUCCCUCGUCUUCCUGGAGGAGAGGAGCUAACAGUUUUGAAGAGUCGUACUCUUACAUGGACCGUACGUCAGAAUCUUGAACAUGGGACGAAUAUAUGCUUAAAAUGCACAACCUCCUCUAGUCCAGGAACAGGCAAGACCUCUCUAUCAAGUGAAAGAUAUACGCAGUGUCGUUUACUCGAGAUCAACUCUCACUCAUUGUUCUCAAAGUGGUUCUCCGAGUCCGGCAAGCUAGUACAAAAGCUAUUCUCAGCUGUCUCCGAAAUGGCAGAUGAAGAAGAUGUCUUUCUGUUCGUACUGAUAGACGAAGUAGAAUCCCUCACUGCGGCGAGAGCAGGGGCAAUGUCUGGUCAAGAACCGAGCGAUGCUCUGAGAGUCGUCAAUGCCCUCCUCACACAAUUAGAUAAAAUGCGGCAAAAGAAGAAUGUCUUGUUCAUGUCUACAAGUAACUUAGUGGGAGCAAUAGAUAUUGUCCAAUACAUCGGAUUACCUCCAAAGGAAGCUAUCUAUGACAUGCUGCACAGCUGCCUAAUGGAGCUUAUGGCCAAGGGUGUUGUUGAACACUCGCCAAUUCCAAAUCGACAAGUGUCCGACUCGCCACCGAAUCGAGCUGCCAUGGCUGGAAUCCGAGAAUGGGAUACAUGUUCACUUAUAUGGGAGUUAGCUGACAAGUGCAAGGGCCUCUCCGGACGGGCGUUGAGGCGCCUUCCCGUUUUGGCACACGCGAGGGCAUUGGCCCAUGGAGCGCCGUACUCUCUGUCUGUCGCAUCGGAUCAAUCCAACGAGAAUGGGCCAGUGAAUGGAACUUCUUCUCACGGAUUGAAUCGUACGAGAGCCAAGAAGAAGAUGGGCGUCGAACGGUGGAUUUCCCAUAUGGACGCUGUCGUCACGCAAUCAAGACAGCAAAUUGAACUUCUGAAUUGA